AUGAGCCUCAAGAAGGCCAGCCGCACCAAGAGCCUUUCGCUGAGCGGGGAUGAUUUUCCGCUGCGUCCGGCCAACGCCGGUGGCGUGGCCACCGGUAAACCGAGGGCCAACUUUGCCGCACCCAAGCGGCCCGAGGACACGCUCAAGAUUAUGAAGUACAUCGACGAUAACGUGAUCGGCAAGGGUGUCGCAUUUUUGGGACCGUACGGACGACGUAAAGUGGUGUAUGCAGAUUACGCGUCGUCGGGCCGUUCAUUGCAGUUUUUAGAAGACUAUAUAAAUAAAGAAGUUUUGCCAGCGUUUGGAGAUAUUAGUUGCAUAUCGGCCGUUACAGGCUUGCAGUCACAUUUAUACGACAACGAAGCUCGAGACUUGGUUCGUGGAGCCGUCGGUGCUAAUGCGGAAGAUGAGAUCGUAUUCUGUGAUAACCCUGCCGAACGUUUGUGUUAUCUGCUAUCCAAUCCAAAUGUUUGCGACAUCAGCCAGCCUCAGUUUCACAACAAUUCUCAAAGUGCCAUCAGCAACAUGUCGAUCGGUGGGGUGCACCUGCUAUCGUCGCUUCCGUUUGGGCCCAACAACCGCCACAACAGUCUUUCCAACUCGUCCACUCUCUCCGACAGCGUGGUAGACAUCAGCCAACACCACCAGAGCCUAUCGUCUGCGGUGCCUCCGAUUCUGUUCGUUAGCACCUCCGAACCGGUGUCUAAUCUUCGCUCGUGGAUCGACGCCGGCUGGCAGAUCGAGCGGAUCGUCAAGAACCAUGAGGGCUUCCUGGAUCUGGUAGACCUGGAAAAGCGGCUGCAGCAUUACGCGGAAUCGAGACGCAAGAUGGUGGGCCUGUUUUCGGGCGCCUCGCGGCUCACGGGUAUUCUGGCCGACGAUGUAGCGACUACGAUUUUGCUGCACCAGUACGACGCUCUCUCGAUAUGGGAUCACUCGAUGGCGGCAUCAUGUGCCCCGAUUAGCACCAAUCCCGUCCUUCCCGGUGCGCAGAAGGACGCGAUAUUUUUCCACUGCAACCGGUUGGUCGGCGGUGUGCAGGCCCCCGGGGUGCUAGUCAUUAAGCGUAGACUAAUCGAACACAGUACCUCCUUCCUGACGGAUUCCGUUGGCGUCGUCAGUGCCGUGCGAGCCGGUCUCGUACUGCAGCUCAAGGAAUCGCUCGGUUCGCAGGCGAUCAUGGGUCGCAUGGAGAAAACCUGCAAGCAAAUGUUGGCCCACGUACGAACCAUCCCGGAAAUCGCCCUGCUCGGACCGCCGUGUACUACGGCGAAGCGACUCACGACCCUUUGCUUCAUGGUGCGCCAUCCGAGGGGUUCCUUUUUGCACCACCGGUUUGUGGUGGCAGUUCUGAACGACGUGUUCGGCAUCCAGGCAACGGCUGACAACAUGAUUAGUGAUUCGCUGGGAAUCAACCCGCAGCUGAUGGUGGAGUACGAGAAGCUGUUGAACGACGAGACCCUGAAGGCAGGAUGCUUGCACCCGGGUUACACGCGCAUCACGUUUCCCUUCUUCAUGCCGGAAUCGGAGGUGGCCUUCAUUCUGGAGGCGCUCAAGAUGGUGGCAACCGAGGCGUGGAAGUUGCUACCCCAGUACGAAGUGGAUGAGGGGUCGGGCGAGUGGCGGCACCACUCAAACUCCCUCGCCAAGGAACGCAAAUGGCUCGGUGCGAUUCGCUAUAUCGACGGCAAGAUGCUGUUCUCGGAUCGGCGCAUUUCCGGUCCAGGGUCGUUCCCGCAAAACUACUCCGAUUGUCUGCAGACGGCGCGGAACCUGUUCAAUAGGGCGCGCAAAAUGGCACAGCGCGCAACCACGGAGGAAAUCGUACUGAAGCUUUCCAACGCGGCUAUGGAGAAACUCCGGUGGUACAUGUUGUCGGGAGAGGCACACGAACUGUUGCUUGGUCAUUCACACAACGUCAAAAACACCGUCCCCUUUGAUCCUACCAGAAUACCAGAGAAUACGUCGCUGAUGCUUAUUCACCGGCACCACAGCCUUUCGGCGUUGGACAUCAAACGAUUCAAGAGCCGCAGUCUUCCGGCGUCACCUCUGCAGAUAUCAACCCGUCGUCAGAACUCAUCCUCACCCUACCAAUCGCACAGCCCGACACCGACCUCAUCACCACCGAUGGUGCGCUUUUCCGUCGGUGGUGAAGUAACGCCACUAGCGCAUCCUUCGGCCACAGUUCCAGACCACGUUGGCACCGUAACGGGUGGCCACCACGUGACGGCCGGCCCGAUCGGACGUGAUACCAGUGUCAGCCGCAACAGAUGCCACAGCUGGGGAGCCGCCAGCUAUCGUACGCACAUCGGUGCCCUUAGCGGGCGGGACGUGAACGCAAACGGUGAUCGAAACGUGGCCACCGGCGCACCCGAAGGACAUGAAUUCGCGCCGGGUGUCAGUCUUAGCGGUGGCCUGCACAUCUUAGGACCACAAACUCGCGUGAGCCUCGGUUUGGAUGCACAUCAGCACGCGCAAGUGGUGCUACGGUCCUUAAAAACGCAACAAUCGAUGCCGGUUCCGUCCCAGCAGCGGCCACCAUUGCGCCGCCCAAUGUCGGUGGCCACCACGGCACCGAUUCCGCUUCCCACGACGGCGGUGCGUGUUCCGAAACAGAGGUCCUGCUCGUGCAGCAGCCAGACGGAUCUUAGCCUGCCACGCAUCGAAAGCACGUCCCAACCUGGUACGGCCUCGCCGACACCGAGCCUUCCUAAUCUGCGGUCUCUCAUGGGAAGCAGUUGCAGCGAGAGUACGGAAGACAUCCAAGCGUACGUGAAGGAAAUGACAAAGGAGCUAGCAACCGAGAUCAAGUCCGAGAUCCGUGAGGUGAUAAGCAAGGUCGAGGACGUACUCGAAAGCACGGACAGCAUCGAGAUGAGCAGCAUGGUCAACUUCAGUUCGCACGUACAGCAUGGCCAUCCGCCGGCGGAAAACAAGCGUGAUUCCAUUUCCACCAGCGACGUGGUGGACUAUUUGCGCGAGUUCAGCAAAGAGAUGACGAACGAGGUGAAAUCGGAGAUCCGGGACGUCGUGAACGCGGUGGACGAGAUCAUUUCCCCCGAAGGAUUCCUUGGGAUGCGCAAAAACUCUCCACCGGAUAUACUGCGCAACGGGGCCGGUGGAACGGGCGCAGCAAAUCAUCACCCGCACGGGAACCCGCUCGGAGGCCAAAAACUCUUGAUCAAGCAACGGUUUAGCGAUAUUACGCCGGAUGCCACAAUCCAUCGGCCGCGGUCGGCCGACAAUGACAAGCACCGGUCGGAAUCGUUCUCGAGACCAAGCUCGGCCGCCAGCCCGGAACACAUGGGCAUCGGGCAGCCGUUGCACAGCGUUGGGGCGAUUGCGAAGCACUUCGACCCUCGGUCGACCAUGUCUUCGCAGGAUUCCGGCAUUAAUAUGAACUUCUGUGAUGCUUCCGAUGACAGCAAUCGUGUCCGGGGCGUACGAUCGAUCAACAACGAUAGAAUUCGCACGGUAUCCGCCGAGGUGGACAGCUCCUGCAAACCAUCGAUCCCGCCGCGACGACUCAUUUCGGAACCGUCGGGUGGAUCCAUCGUCGAGGCAGUUGGUCCUCCGGAUCAACGAUCGCAGGGUGAUCCUGGCAUCGGCAAGAGUGCGCUCACACGCCAGCAGCAUGUCCUCAACCGCACACCGUCGGUGGAAACCGGCCCGGGUUCACAGGGAGCAUGCGGUGUGGCCGCGGACAGUGGCGUUUCGACCAUCCAGUGGCACCAGAUGCCCAAGGAAGUCUGGAAGCAGGCAGCCGAGGCCCUAGACGAGUACCGGAUGCUGAAGGAAGGUGACCGGGUGCUUGUGUGUCUGUCCGGAAGUAGCUCCUCGCUGUGUCUGUUGCACCUACUGCACCAGUUCUGCCAGGUUCGGCAGCUCAACGUGGAUCUGGCGGCCAUCAACGUCGGUGGCGGAGAGCGAGGAGUUGAUCCUCGAGCGCUCAUGCUGUACCUGAAGGAACUCGGUGUGCCGUUCUUCUAUGAGCCCUUAGCAUCCAACGAGCCGUUGGUCGAGCAGCUGACACGACACGCAUCCCACCGGAAGUACAACGUCCUAGCGAUGGCCAGCACACUAGACAAGCUGGCAGAUAGGUUCCUGACGUCCCUGCUUUACCGGGGAGAGCUAAGCGCGCUCCAACCCGUACAAGGACCCACCGAAAGCGCUAAACCCCUGGAAGGGGACGUCCGGAUCGUACGGCCGUUGUUGUUCCUGCGGGAGAGCACCUGCGAGGAGUUUGCCACAGACCGGAGGCUACCUUGUCGGGUGUCAAUUGCCAACCCCGCUAGCACCGACGGGGAAGGUUCGCUGAGAGCUCUGCUGCACCACCAGGAGCAGGUCAACCCGCUCGUCUAUCACAACAUUCGUAACGCUCUCAGGCCGAUCCUUUCGCUGGGUACCGAAACAUCAAAAUCGGCGUACGAAAUGCUGCGAUCUUCGUUGAACACCCGCGAGUAAGCUCUGGCUGGCUGGCUGGCUGUGGGAGCACGCACGUACAACGGGGAAGCAAAUCAUUUGCAUCAGGACCAAGUCAUUAUUCUACCUUAAGUGUAUAGAACUGUCGAAAAC